UCAUGCAGGUUCCGGGGCCCGCAUUACCCUGAGCACCGCGGACCUGCGCAAGGCAGAGCGCUCCGUGCGAGCGCAUAGGGCGGUUAGGGUCUGUGUCGCUUUCUGCGGAGAAACCCACUCGAGACAUAUCCCGCGCGUAUCGCUGAUAUUCCCGCAGCUGUGUCAACGGGGAGUUCCUUUAUGACCGGUUUGCCAUCGUUGUAAAACAAAAUCACGCUGUAGUUUUUUCGAGUUGACAGUCUUUAGUUUGUGUGCAUUGCAAUACGUUAACACUGGGGCUGUGUGCAUCUGCGUAUCGGACUGCGUUUGGUAGCUCCGACUCUUGAUAAGAUAGGGUUCACACGUUGGAUGUAGGCUUCCAGUGGUAUAAGUAGCGUACAUUUGUCAAAGACGAGAAUUGCAUGAGCGUGGCUGACCUGCACUCGACAGUGCAUCGGCUUUGUGGAAUCUGCGCGCAACAGACGGGGUUUAAAGGGACGCAUUCUCCUGCAGUUUAUCAGCGGGAGCAGUUGCCACUGUAGCCUGUAACAGGCAAGGGGGCUUCAUCCCGGCGGAGUGGACGGACCAAAGCGGCUGGAAAACUCGGAGCGGACUCCUCCUGAUCCCUUCUACUGCUGCUACUGCUGCUGGACUCAUCCAGACAUGCCUGUCGCAGUGCCCCCAGACAAGAUGAACCUGCGGCUCAUCCUUGUGAGCGGGCGGACCAAGGAGUUCCUGUUUGCUCCCUCGGACUCGGCGGCUGAUAUCGCCCGGCACGUGUACGAGAAUUGGCCAGUCGACUGGGAGGAGGAGCAGGUGAGCAGUCCCAACAUACUGAGGCUCAUCUACCAGGGCCGGUUUCUGCAUGGCACCGUCACUCUCUCAGCUCUUAAGCUUCCCAUGGGAAAGACGACGGUCAUGCACCUGGUUGCCAGGGAAACACUGCCGGAGCCCAACUCCCAAGGUCAGAGGAACCGUGGCAAGACGGAGGAGAGCAGCUGCUGCGUGAUCCUUUAAUCGCACCUCGUGGAAAUGAAACAAAACCAGCCAUCAGCUCUGCUGGCCGCUUCCCAUUAAUCACCUCCCCACCUCUCCCUCGGGAGUACAUGAGGCUGUGAUUUUUAGGGAUGUGGAGAGCAGUGGGGAGCUGGGGUGGGGGUGCUGCGGUCA